AUGACAUUAAAUUUGACUAUUCGCCAAGUACUGACACUUAUUGCCCAUGAACUAGUGACUGCCGAAUUGAUUGAUGGACAUGAUUUGGUUGUAGUUGCUGCCAAUCUCCAAAAACUUAUUGAUGCAGCUCAAAAUAAAGUAGAAAGGAGAACGAUUACUUUUGCACUAAAUUCUGGUGUUGCGACUAACGAAAUCCCGGAUGAGCGCUCAUUAACAGGAUUUGCUCAACUUUCUUUAGUUGAGUAG